AUGCUCAAGGCCUUGCAGAAGUUGCACGCAGGGCUGGAGGAGGUGCGCAGGGGUGAGGACCUUCAUGUUGACCGCCAGCAGCGGCUCCACCAAAAGGAGUCCAUGGCCGCUGCUCUCGCAUCCGUUCGGAACGAGGUCCACGAACACAUCGAGGAGCGGCUGUCGAUCUUGCAUCAAGAGGUGACAAUGCGCAGCCGCAGCACUGAUGGUGAAUUACAGCGGCUGGGUGGCUGCCUGGACAGCAUCACACAGCAGCUUGGAGCGCAGCUGCUGGCUGUGACAGAGGAUCAGCGCUCGCUGUCUGAGAACGUGCAUGCCAGAAUAGCUCAGUUGCAGGACUCCUUCAGUGGUAUGGCUGCAAGCCGAACAAUGCUCGAGGACUUAGGGGCCCAGGUGGAGGUGAAGAUCCAGGGCGCGCUGCAGACUGGCGCCACGGCGCUCCAUGAGAGGGAGGAGGUGCUGGCUGAGAGGAUUCAGAACGUGCAGACCGAGGCUGCCUGUGAAGCUGAGCAGUGGAAGGAGCGAUUUCGCACCGUGGAGACUGCCUCCCAGCAGCUUUGCGCCGAGAUGGCAGCAGAGCACCAGCAAACUCGUAUUUCGGCAAUCGGACUUGCUACAGAGCUUUCUGAGCUCCGGGAUGCACUGGCAAAGGAGUCGCAAUCCUAUCAGGAGUCGACUACUUCAGUGCAACGCUGGAUCACGGAGACCAUGGCUCUUCGGCAGUCCCUACAAGAGGAGGAAGUGGCUCAUGCGGCUUUGCACGGCAAAGUGGCCGAGCACGCGACCGAGCUCAAGCGACAGGUGGGCGUUUCGAAGGGUCUCGCAGACGCAGCCGCCGAGUUCAAAAGCGGGAAAGAUGAGCUCUGGCAAGCCGUCGUGGCGGCGCAAGAGGGCAAUGAGCAAACCCUCAAGGACGUCCAGGAGUUGCGGCUUCGCACUCAACAUAUGGAGGUUCAGCGGUUCGGACAGGUGUCGAGGCAGAUUGAGGAGUUAACUGUGCAGCAUUCAGCUGCCUCCUCGAAGAUCGAGGACAUCGAGCAGUCCCACAGCCAAGGACAGAAGGCACUUGCCUCCAAGCUGGACAGUCACGUCCAAAACUUGCUGCAGGCGCAGCAAGAAAUACAUCAUCUGACAGAGCAAAGUGCCCAGCACGAUUUCAUCGAGAGCCGAGACCAGCAGUAUCGGCUGUAUGUAACCAUGGAUGGCGACAUCGGAAUCUUCCGGCGAAGCGGAUGGGGCAAGCACGGUGGUGACUUCGCAGGGGUGCCGCGUUGGCAUGCCGGAGCCAUCGGGGACAAGGCACUCUGCUCCGUCAACAGAGAGACGCAGGCAUACGAGAAGGACCGGUUCCUGGCCAUGGCAAACCGACUUGACACGCAGCGCUAG